AUGGCUUUUGUUUUACUAUUAAAUUAUUAUUUUAAUUUAAUUUUAUGUGGUGUGAUAAAACAAGAAGAACAAAGAAAUGAUAAUGCCAAAUUAAUAUCAGAAGUAAUAUCAAGAAAUGAAUAUCCUGAAUAUAAUGAUUAUAAUGAGGCAGAAUCAAGAAUUGAGAAAAUUAUAAUAAAAAUCAAUCAAAUUUUUGGAUACAAAAAGGAAGAUGAUAUAGGUUGUUAUAAUGAUUUUGAAGAAAAUGACGAAAGAGAAAAAAGUGGCAGUAGAGGAAAAAGUGGAGGAAAAAGUGGAGGAAACUCCAAAUCCAAGACCAAAAAAAAAAUUGCAGCUGCUGGUGGUGUUGUUGCAUCAUCAUCAUCAUCAUCAUCAAGAUCUAAUAGUACUAAUUCAGCAACACAGAUAACAUUCUCAAAGUCUUAUUUGAUAACGUUGACAGUUGGUUCAAAUCUUCCAUCACAAUCAUUGUUAAUAAUGCUAGCUAAAAUCUUUGUGGCCAAAACCUUUGUGGUCAAGACCUUUGAAGCAUUUGACGAUUUCAAAAUCAAAUUUCCUGAUUUUGCUUUACCAUUAGCAUGA